UUGUCCUACGUUUCGCUUUCCUUUCGCGAAACUUCCGUUUCCGCGAACGUUUGAUACGAACGUUUCAGGUCGAGUGCUUCAUGAAGACGUGACAGAGCAAUCACGCGUUGACUCGUGAUGGAGAGAGUUUUCCUUGUUCCGUUUCACGAUCAACUGAGUUUCGAGAGUCACGCGCAAAGAGAGUUUCUUUCUUCGAUCGGUUUCUUUAGUUAAAUAAAAUGAUUGGCAUUGUGAAAGUAGUUGGGACUUUUAAUUGGAAAGCUUGCGAGAUUUUGUCAGAUUGCAAUUGAGAUCGUAACUUUCGACAAGUUAUAAAGCUAUAUUUUUAAGCAAGUAGGUAUUGAAGUUCUGAAUUAUUUUCUGAAUUCUGAAGUCAAGGAAAUUACGUAUUCGAAGGCAAAUGACUUGAAUAGUAAGGACGAAUGUCGAAAUUUGAAAAAAUAUUUCAAGCCAGAGAAAUAACAGAUUCACCGAUGCAUUCACUUCAGAGUUUAGUUUCUACUAUUUGAAGCAAUAUUUCAUCUACUGGUUUAUUCUAGAAGGUUGACAAAAGUGGUCUUUUGAGAGAAACAAGGGUCCCGAUCAGAUCUGCUUAGAACAGAUAGACUUAUUCCACUAGCUCCACUGUCAGUAGUACGAGUCGUCUUUAGUCAGACCAUCGGAACAGGAAAUAUUCCCAAAAUAAAGCAGAUUGGUUUCAAAGUUGACCAAUACAAUCAUUGCACUCGUGUCUCAUUACAGUGCUAAUGAAGUUUCAAAAUAUUUUAUCCAACACAUACAACACGGACAUAAAACUUUUCAAUGGGUGAAGGAACGAAGGAAGAGAGAGAGGAAAAUUUCGAGAAACUGGGAAGUUACGCACGGGAGACUUACCAAUCGUAAGGAAGCUUACAAUCAGCGGAUUUGCUCGGAAUGCUGAAAAACAAUAUUUAUAUCAGACGAAACGUGGGCAAGAGACUGUUCGACGAAGAUACUCGUACGAAAUAUUAUUCGAACGAGGGCCUACGUGAUUCCGUGUACGUGCUCAUCGAUUCGUAGAGAAGGUGUAAGACUGUGAAACUCGUAGACUGGCAGAGAGGCCGAUCGACGGCCUACGUUGCCUCUCUUCUGCCGAAGAAUCGAGCGAAUGACGAGAAUCGAAAAGAAGGACGGUUUUAUUCGAUUAACGUGUUACCCGAUAUCGAAAAUCUACGAUAGCGUGAGAGCGAAAUGUCCCUCGGUUCUCGGCAGAGUACAGCCCGUAAGGGGUGACGUGAGCCUGCCGAAUCUAGGUCUCUCGCCGGAAGACAGGAAUCUGUUGCUGAAGAAAGUGAACAUAGUGUUCCACAUGGCUGCCACGGUAAGAUUCAACGAGCCGCUGAGCGCGGCUGUUAAUAUGAAUACGAAAGGUACUGCUCGUAUCAUCGAACUGUGCAAGGAACUGAUACACGUAAUUAGCAUCGUCCACGUUAGCACAGCUUACAGCAACGCGAAUCUACCGCAGAUCGAGGAGAAGGUAUACACCACGAGUUUGGAACCUUCUACGGUGAUCAACAUGUGCGACAAACUGGACAUCGAAUUGAUCAACAUGUUAGAGAAGAAGAUCUUGGAAACUCAUCCGAACACGUACACGUUUACGAAGAAUCUAGCAGAGCAGAUUGUAGCUAGCGACAGCAAAGGUUUACCAGUUGCGAUAGUACGACCAAGUAUAAUCGGUGCCUCGCAGGAAGAACCGUGUCCUGGUUGGCUAGAGAAUAUCUUUGGAGUUACAAAUAUCUUUCUGCAAAUCAGCAAAGGUUCUGCGAAAGCUAUAUGGGGCAGGAAGGACGCGAGAUUGGAUUUAGUGCCUGUGGAUUUCGUAGUCGACACGAUAAUGUGCGCCGCGUGGCACGUCACGCUACAUCAUCGCGAUAAUGAAGUUAAGGUUUACAACUGCACGAGUAACGCGUACCCUUUUAAAUGGGGUCAGAUGAAAGAUGCCAUCGUGAAAUGUAGCAUAGAAACGCCGCUGAACGGUACAUUAUGGUACCCGGGUUGUCCGAUGGUAGCUAACAGAUAUAUUUACAACGCCCUCAACCUAAUCCUGCACGUUCUACCCGCGUUCGUCAUAGACAUCUUUUUAAGAUUUCGCGGUAGUAAGCCAAUAAUGAUGAAAAUUGUCAAAUAUUGCUAUCAACUCGUAACAGUGACAGCGUAUUUUACCAUGCACGAAUGGACCUUCCAGAGGGAUAACAUUACCGACAUGGUAAAGAAAGUGAAAACGUUAAAAGACGGCGAUGUCGUGAAACUAGACUUGCAGCAUAUGAAUUGGGAGAAAUAUAUCGCAACAUACAUGAUGGGAAUUAAGAAAUUCAUUCUGAAAGAAGAUCUUGAAUCUAUGGAUGCUGCCAGACAACGAUUAUCAAAGUUGUACUGGAUACAUCAGACAACUCAAAUAUCCGCUAUAAGCUUUUUACUGUGGAUAAUAUUACGCGUUACGUACUGAUCAUUCGAACGUUAUUUCUUCUACUUGAAUGAAAAAAAAGUAAAUAAGAAUUUAUGAAAAAAGGAAUCAUUAUCCGUUUCAUUUAUAAUCAGGUCACUUCAUUUAUAGUAUUGCUUGUUUUGUCUAUAAAAUUUUAAUAAGGAUAUAUAUAUAUUUAUACACAUACGCUUUGAAGUUUGUAAACAAAUCAUACAUGACAAUUUCGAUACUUCAUGCUGUUUGUUGUACAAUAUUUGCGAAUUCUUGUGUGUUAUCUCUGAAUGCACGUAUCUUCGAAGAUCCUUCCAUUAAAUUAAAACAAAAAAUAAAAUGUGCUGAAAUAUUUAA